AGUUAUGAAAGGGGAUGUGUUAUAAAUGUGUGUGUAACAUAUCUUUUUCAUUAACUGGCUUGAACAUUUUAUCAGCUGUAAUUUGGCUCAUGUUAACCCUUUCCACAGAGUCAAGUCUGAGAAUCGAUUUUGAAGUUAUGCACCUUUUUCUUUAGCCCACUUCCAGUUACGCUCAACCUUUUGUUUAGUUUUUAUCAUUCUCUAAAAACCAUCCUUCCCACAACCAAAUUUUAAAAUGUUCUCUCCGUUAGGUCCGUCUAAUGCACUUGUUCCUCUCUCUGUCUGUCAUCCUCUGGCAGAAACAAGUGAUGGAGUUUCCAGAAGACUUCAACCAGCUGGAGCUCCUGAAUACACAUGGACACCUGAUCCCCCGAGGGGCCAGCAGCCUGUGGACAGGAAGCAAGGAUGAGGAGCAGGAGGUGGAGGAAGAAGAGGAGGAAGAGGAGGAGGAGGGGGAACACAGUGAGGAGUGGUAUCUAGAAAAAGAAGAGACUCUCAAAGACAAACCAACCGAGCUCAUUUUGUGGGCAGCUGAAACCAAUCGGCUUUCUACAGUCCAAAGUUUGUUGACUGCUGACCCCUCUCUGGUGCACUGCUGUGAUGAGGACGGUUACACGCCUCUGCACCGCGCAGCAUACAGCGGCCACGUUCACGUGGUCUCUGCCUUGCUCGCUGCUGGCUCCAGUGUUAACCCUCACACCAUUGACGGCUGGACCCCCCUGCACAGCGCCUGCCGCUGGAGCCGUGUCACUGUGGCGAGCCUUCUCCUGCAACAUGGAGCCCAGCUGAACGCCCAGACCAACGGGGGACUCACACCUCUACACCUCGCUGCCUCGCACGCCAGCUCUGUAAAAACAGACUCUGCUCAUACGUUAGAGCUCCUCCUCUCACAGCGACACCUGAAGCCUAAUCUCCGCAGCAGCAGCGGGGAGACGGCCAGCGAGGUGGCCCGUCGGAGUGGACCGCAUCACUUUCUAUUUGAGAUGGUAGAGGACUGUGUGAACGUAUUACCCAGUUCAUGAACACAGGUGCUCACGAUCAUCUUCUACGCAUUAAAGAAAGAGUCAGUAGAAAUGUUCGUAGCAGCUUGUAAACACAACGUUCAAACUGGACCCCUCCUCCUGGGCUCAUCCCCUAGAGAAGCGUGCGCCCACUGCAGGACUGAGUGUGUACGUUUACUUCCUGUAGCUGCACUGCAAGCUACCUGAGAAAAGGCCGAUUCAAUUUGCUGUAAUGAAAAAGCCUAUAUGUUUGCAUGCUAUCACAUGCUAACCGCCUGUGGUUUGCACCUGCCUGUCAAAAAGAGAGCAGCUUACUCUGCAUCCGCGUGCGAAACCCAAACCGAAGGUUCACCCUCAUUACGGAACGAGCUUUAUACGCUUUCCAUUUUGCCUCACUGUGGUUAUAUUUUCUCUUCUUUGCCGCUAUAACCGCAUCCGUUAUAUUUGCUGGUUUGAAUCUGAGCGAUCACUGAAUUAUAUCAACUCCAAAACCUCACCUGUGGGCUGUCAUUGGCUGGAGGAUACACACUAGCUCCCUUACCCAGAAACCAUUAAGUCAACUUAAACAAACCAAAACAUCAGAAUCCAGGCAGAGGACAUGGUCUCUGCAGGCAGUCACCACCACACAUUUCUGGGGGCCCAUACAUGAUGAUUGAGCGGCAUUACUUUUAUACAAGUCUGUAUUUAAUGUUCUAGGAAAAAGCUACUGACUCUAUCUUUAAUGCUUCUACUCUCGUCAUGCAAAGUUUAAUGGACAGCAGGUUCAUGAGUGUUUAUUUCCAAGAUGAUUACCAUGGAGAAGAUGUUAUCUGAAGCAUCUUAUUGAUUACUUGCUUUCCUCCCUCAUGCUAUAGAGCUCCCCAAGGCCUUUUGUAUUUGUUAUCCUUAUAAAGUAUUCUUCAGCAUAUUCCCAUAAAGGAAUUACCACAAGUUGUUUUGCACCAACCUCUUCACAGAUGACAAUAAACAGCCCUAUAUCCCAAUAACGUUAAGUCAGAUGUUUCACAGCACUUUCAACUUCCCACAUACCAUUCACAACCCUCUGAGCACUGAAGGUUGUCAGCCUCUUCUGUAGUUGUUGUUGUUGUUGUUGUUGUUGUUAUACAAGGGAACUUCAAUAAAAACAUAAAUGCUCA